AGAAACUGACUAGUGUACUUGUCUAUACAAUGCACAUAUUGCUAAUCGUGUACAUGUCAUCCUCUGGUUUGGGGAUGUUACUAUGUAUGGUUACUUACCAGGAAAUAAUUUAACCAGACAGUGUAUAACUGCACCGACAUCUCGGCCUGGUAGAGUCAACGUAAACGGGAUACAUUAGGUGUACCACGGAAUAGAACCAACAGGAUUAUACUAACUAGUACCACGGAAUAGAACCAACAGGACUAUACUAACUAGUACCACGGAAUAGAACCAACAGGACUACUAACUAGAUGAACAUUCAUGUGGUUUUUACCCCCUGUUUGAUAUGAAGAAGCUCAGCAAAACAUGUCUUUGGGGCGUGUUUGUGUUUGUGUAUUGCGGUUUCCAAACUGUACUAUGUCAAGAUGUCUUCAUCAGCAGAAAGUGAUGGGAUUUACCAUGCGCAAGUCAGACAAGGCACCAUCCAAAACUCUAACCUCGUAUUGGAGAGUCCCAAUGGAGAAAUAAUCGCACUUGCAGUCGACACGCAUGACUCACAGUUGUUUUGGUACGACAGUUCUGUAGGGAAGAACGGUAUUUACAGAGGGAGCUUCCAGGGUUCGAGGAUUUCGUCCGUCAGUUCUAUUGUUCAGUAUCCUGAAAUGUUCGUGACUGGUCUAGCAGUAGAUUGGGUUAUCAAACACCUGUAUUGGGCCGAUUCUGUCCGUUCGUCCGUUACGGUUUCGGAUUAUUCUGGACAGAACCGAGUGAUAGCAGUUACUUCCAACCUCCUGUUACCCCGAGGACUAUCGUUGGAUCCCAUUAACAGAUAUCUAUACAUCGGAGACCAGGGGGCUCAUUUAAUCAUGAAGUGUACUAUUGAUGGUAUAUUUACAUGUGAACACAUAACCGAAGCCAGCGAUAGAGGAAUCGUGUGGCCAAACCAACUGACUACUUUACGAAGGAACAUUUCAUGGACGGAUGGCUGGUCAAAUAAAGUGGUCAUGUGUUCGUCAGAUCUGUCGGAGUGUGAGGAUACGUUCAUCGAUACAAUCAAUCUGAACACCGGUAACGUCACGUCAUUGUUUGGAAUGAUCGUCACGAAUUCUGGGCCAGUAGUGUCCACCAUCGACAGAUUCAUCACAAUCUCGACGACUAGUGGGCAAGCGUCAACCAUAAGUUCUCAAGGAAACACGUACUACAUUGUAUCCACCGACAGACAAUCUCAGCCUCCUGUUGCAACAAACCCGUGUGCAAACAAGGGUUGUUCCCAGCUGUGCUUCCCCGACUCUUUGAACCAAGUCCGAUGUAGCUGUUCCUCUCUAUCCGACAAUGUUAUCGCCACGGACGGAAAGACAUGUCAAUCCGCUACAAGUGUGCUGUUGUACGCCGACAUGAUGAAAGGCCAAGUUGGACUGGUAUCCACAACACUGAAGGGACAUACGGUAAUAGCCUGGUCACCUCAACCACGAUCCCUGGCGUACGAUCCACUUACAAAGAUGGUGUACUUUAGUGAUUCCAAAUAUCAGGCGAUUUAUAAAGUUGGAUUGAAUGGACGUUCUCCAGCUAUAUUCUUAUCCAAAGGAAACAGCACCGGAAAUGUAGAAGCAAUGACACUAGACUUGCAGCAGCGCCGCCUGUAUUUCAUCAACCGUUUUGACUGGGAAAUGGACAACACGAAUAUCACCAUGGCCAGAAUCGAGAUGGCUGGACUCGAAACGGAUGAAAGAGUGAUCAUACGUCAAACUGAGGACGCCAUUACUGAUAUAGAAAUCAUCCAACAAACGACAGCAUCAUUUCUCUAUUAUUGUGUGGGUGAACCCAGCCCGGCCGUGUACAAGAUGUCCCUGGACGGUAGGAUGAAGGUCCUUAUUAAGGCGACAGGGUUAACGAACCCCACUCGACUGUCCAGUAACGGCGGUACCCUGUAUGUACUGGAUGGCAGGACGCUGUUCAUGUUGUCUGGUGACGUUGAAUCUGAGCAUAAUGUCAUGGACCAGGCAGUUUCCAUGGCAAGUGAUAGCCGGUACGUUUACUUAGGUACCGGACCGUCUUCCAUGUUCAAGUUCGACAGAAACAGUGAGAUUGCCGGUAACCCCGUAAUCACUGAAGUAAACCCUGUAGACAUUCUGUAUGUGAGCACUAGUUGGCCAGGAUCACAAGGAGAUGUUGGAUUGUGUGAAAACAGUAACCUCUGUAAGGAUGAAAAUGUCUGUUUCAAGACAAACAACCCUGAUAUCGUCCGGUGUAAAUGUCCAGCCAACAGAUUUAACACACCGACCGACGGCAGCAGACUGUGUACAGAACCUUCGAAAUUCAUGCUUGUAAGUGACGUAGAUGGUAUAAAAAUGAUGUCAUUGGAUGAUCCACUCAGGAAUGUAUACACAAUAGUACCUAAUGAUGAAGAGUGUAAUCACUACUAUGGUUUGGCAACUGAUGGAAACCGCAUAUUCUUCGGCGGUUACGACGGUAAAAUCCUAUACACUGCCUCUAAGAAAGGCAGGGACGUUGGUGUAUUGACAAUACUCCGAGACAUGACAGUAUUACAAAUCGCCUAUCAAGACAACACCCUCUACUGGACGGGACAUUACGACUGCUUCAUGUACAACGGGUCAGUGGGCGGCAUUGCGGAGUGCAAGACAUACGGGGGACAACUUGGUGGAAUAUUUAGUAUUGAUGUCACCAUUGGUUCAUCUAGUCAACAGCAAGUCACCACUGUAGUUGCGGACAUUGAUGACCCCAAGGGCGUAGUAGUUGAUUCAAGGUACAUAUAUUGGUCUGAAGGUGACGUUGUGAAGCGACUGAUGCUAAGGAACACCACAUCUGCCAUUGUUUCACAAAAGUCCGACGUGUUCACUCUCCAGCGAAAUAGACAACAGACACACCUGUUUCUAGGUGGGACGGACAUCACCUUUAGACGUUUCGCCAGUCAGGAUUUUGGCUUUGAUGUGUUAUAUUCCAAUGUGUCCAACGUUCACGGCAUAGCAGUACAGGGGUCCUUGGUUUUCGCCUCCGACUGGAAUACCAGGAGUGUCAUACAAUAUGACCUACGUACAUACCAAACAAGACUUGUCGCCGAUAACUUUGGUCGUCCAGGUCAAAUCGUAGUGUUUGGACUCGAAAACAACAUUAAAGAAAAACCAGGUAAAUGUCAGGAAGUGAGCUCGUGCAGCGUUGUUACUAACGUCACGUGCCAACAUGAUGUGGACUGUGUCGAUGGCUUAAAAAGUAAAUGCUGCCUAACAAAGAAAAACAAUAUCUGUACGAGAGAAUGCACGCCACUUGUGGCAGAAACUGCUUGUAACAUCACAUUUGAUGACCAGCCGACUUUCACAUGGGUAUACGAAAAGGUCACGACUGGCAAGUGUACAACAUGUAGAUGUACACUAGGUGGACAAUCAGAAUGUUUUCCUAAAAAAUGUCCCUCUCUUGACGGAUGUGGCUUGAUCAUCAAGGAAACAGGGAAUUGCUGUCCCGUUUGUCGGGAUAUAACAUUCUGCGAAAGAAAACCAACCAUUAAAGACUGUCCUACGCAGCCCAUGAAUGUGACACUUCCGGCCACACUGCCGACAGACAACCUGGACGAACCAACCAAAGUUUUCCUGAAUAACCUUCAGACAGUUGAUAGGAUAACCGCAUUCAGUUGUAACCUUCAGGAGAUACCUGACCAUAGCAAAACGCUUACGCCUAGCUUCCUCACCUGGCAGAUGGAUGCACGGGAGGUGUCUCUGGUAGCAAAAGACGAUAAUGGCAUAUCAACGUGUGAUAUGAGGAUACGAAUACUGGAUAAAACAGCGCCAGUAUUCACCAGUUCACAAAAUGACACUGUCGUCAAAGUUUACGUCAAGGACAAAAACGGAGGUCCAGUGUAUUGGUCCGCUCCCAUUGCGUAUGACAAUUCCGGUAUUAAGCCAACGUUAAACAGAACUACACCACUAGGGAACGGGGACACGUUUCCGCCUGGUUUACACGUGAUCGGUUACACCGCUACAGACAUGGCGGGAAAUAGUCAGGCAAUAAAAUUCUACGUCAAUGUCUCCGUCAUACCAGAUACCACGUGCACCUCGCCACCUUUCUUUCAUCGUGGGUCAAUGGAAUGCUACAAGGGACAAGACAAUAUUUUAACCUGCAGAGCAGAGUGUCUUAGGGACUACGUCUUUCAACCAGAUUUCGUCAGGGUACACACAUGUGUUAACAGACAAUGGACACCGCCUUAUCGACCUGAUUUUGUAUCUGCUUGUAUCAAGCCAGAGCCGAAAACUUUGAAAGUUUCAACACCAAUAGAAAUGAAUUGCCACGGAAACCAAAACAUAUCGAAAGAUGUUGUCGACUGUCUGCGUACAAGACUGCCAUGUAAUACACCUAACGUUAUGUUGUGUGACAGGGAAGCAAUCAGCAUAAAGCAAACAGAUACUUCUACAGUAGUGACAGUACAGGUGUCAGGAAUAGUACCCUACAGACAUGCAGAUUACGAACAAGCUUUAGAAAAGAUGAACCGGACACUAUUGGAAAAGGCAUCCACAGUUGAGAAAUUAUUUAGUACUUCGGAACUGGACCGUUAUUGUCGAUCUCUUGGGUGCUCCUUUCUGAGACUACAAGAUCGCACGUACAAGGAAACAUGUGAAAACGGGGCGGUGGCUCACCUAAUUGAGGGCGAGACCAUUUGUGGUAAAUGUCCCCCUGGCAGUCGUUACCUAGUGACUCACGAGGUAACAAAGUGCGAGUAUUGUGGUGAAGGCAAGUACCAAGAGGAAGAGGGACAGACGGACUGUGAUGUGUGUCCGGUAGAUCGCCCGCACAGCAAGACUGGAGCUUUCCUGAUGAAACACUGCAACCGAAAUUUGGCCGCAACUGAAUCGACUAUUGUCUCCACCGUGGUUGGCGUGCUUGUCGGAUUUAUUUUCCUUAUCAUUGUGCUUGUUGCCAUACUUCUCGUCGUCAAAAGGCGGAGGUCGAGAGGGCAAGCGAUUCCUCGUUCCCAUCAAAAUCCGGUAUUCAAUUUAGCUGCGGAUGAUUACGACAGUAUCCCGGCGGACCAGAAUGAUCCUACCUACACCGGUUUGACAGCGGCUAAGGCUGAUCCGAUGAAUCCGUACGAAGGUUUGGGAAACUGUACCGCUGUGAUGUACAACAAAAGCUCUGGUAACGUAGACGAGAAGAAAGACGAACAGAACCCAUAUAACAUGAUAGGGGAGACGAACCCUUAUGAUGACUUGAAAUCAAUAAAUGUUAAACCCGAAAAUCCCUAUGAAAUGCCCAAACCAAAAUGAUCAACCUGUCCUACCGGGGCGUUACUAUACAGGCAUCUAGUCUUCAUAUAUAUAUAUAUAUACAUAAUUAUGUAUAUAUAGUGUAGUGGACACACGACUAGGAAUAAAUAUUACUCAUUUCGUCUUCCGCGUAUUGCAAAAAUCUCGACCUCAUUGUCAUGGAUGAAAGUCUGAAAUACAAAUUACGGCUUGUUUAAUGAGUUUUUGCUUUUAGUUGAAACUUUCAAAAUAUUGGGAGAUGAAACCAUGAAAGGCGGAUGUAUCAGCUGAAUGAAACAAGCGUUCCUCUUGUAACAAUGGCUAUUACGACACUAUAACAAUCGAAUUAUCUUUGGCUAAUUUCUUGAGCUCUCAAAUAUAGGGUUAAAAUACUGCUUUGUCUUAUGAGGUUUGCUUUUAUUAGUUUCACGUCGUUUUUUUAAAAACCGCUAAAGUCAGUUUGUCAAAAGGGUCCUAACAUCUUGACAAAGAUUUUUUGAAAGCACGAAAACACAAUGUUCAAUCGAGAUUGAUGUUUAAGAUAAACACCUUUCCAAAUAUAUACCAAACCAGCCAAUAUCAUUCCGAACAUCAGCUGUAUAUUGUUCCCUUGUUAAAACAUCAGUGGUAGAUUGUUCCCUUGUCAUAACACCAUCAGCUGUAGGUUGUUCCCUUGUCAUAACACCAUCAGCUGUAGAUUGUUCCCUUGUCAUAACACCAUCAGUUGUAGAUUGUUCCCUUGUCAUAACACCAUCAGCUGUAGAUUGUUCCCUUGUCAUAACACCAUCAGUUGUAUAUUGUUCCCUUGACAUAACACCAUCAGCUGUAGAUUGUUCCCUUGUCAUAACACCAUCAGCUGUAUAUUGUUCCCUUGUCAUAACAUCAUCAGCUGUAGAUUGUUCCCUUGUCAUAACAUCAUCAGCUGUAGAUUGUUCCCUUGUCAUAACAUCAUCAGCUGUAGAUUGUUCCCUUGUCAUAACACCAUCAGCUGUAGAUUGUUCCCUUGUCAUAACAACAUCAGUUGUAUAUUGUUCCCUUGUUAUAACACCAUCAGCUGUAGAUUGUUCCCUUGUCAUAACACCAUCAGCUGUAUAUUGUUCCCUUGUCAUAACACCAUCAGCUGUAGAUUGUUCCCUUGUCAUAACACCAUCAGUUGUAGAUUGUUCCCUUGUCAUAACACCAUCAGCUGUAUAUUGUUCCCUUGUCAUAACACCAUCAGCUGUAGAUUGUUCCCUUGUCAUAACACCAUCAGCUGUAGAUUGUUCCCUUGUCAUAACACCAUCAGCUGUAGAUUGUUCCCUUGUUAUAUCACCAUCAGUUGUAGAUUGUUCCCUUGUCAUAACACCAUCAGCUGUAGAUUGUUCCCUUGUCAGAACACCAUCAGCUGUAGAUUGUUCCCUUGUCAUAACACCAUCAGCUGUAGAUUGUUCCCUUGUCAUAACACCAUCAGUGGUAGAUUGUUCCCUUGUCAUAACACCAUCAGCUGUAGAUUGUUCCCUUGUCAUAACACCAUCAGUGGUAGAUUGUUCCCUUGUCAGAACACCAUCAGCUGUAUAUUGUUCCCUUGUCAGAACACCAUCAGCUGUAUAUUGUUCCCUUGUCAUAACACUAUCAGCUGUAGAUUGUUCCCUUGUCAUAACACCAUCAGCUGUAUAUUGUUCCCUUGUCAUAACACCAUCAGCUGUAGAUUGUUCCCUUGUCAUAACACCAUCAGUUGUAGAUUGUUCCCUUGUCAUAACACCAUCAGCUGUAUAUUGUUCCCUUGUCAUAACACCAUCAGCUGUAGAUUGUUCCCUUGUCAUAACACCAUCAGUUGUAGAUUGUUCCCUUGUCAUAACACCAUCAGCUGUAGAUUGUUCCCUUGUCAUAACACCAUCAGUUGUAGAUUGUUCCCUUGUCAUAACACUAUCAGCUGUAGAUUGUUCCCUUGUCAUAACACCAUCAGCUGUAUAUUGUUCCCUUGUCAUAACACCAUCAGUUGUAUAUUGUUCCCUUGUCAUAACACCAUCAGCUGUAUAUUGUUCCCUUGUCAUAACACUACAGCUGUAGAUUGUUCCCUUGUAAUAACACCAUCAGCUGUAGAUUGUUCCCUUGUCAUAACACCAUCAGCUGUAGAUUGUUCCCUUGUCAUAACAUCAGCUGUAGAUUGUUCCCUUGUCAUAACACCAUCAGCUGUAGAUUGUUCCCUUGUCAUAACACCAUCAGCUGUAUAUUGUUCCCUUGUCAGAACACCAUCAGCUGUAUAUUGUUUUCUUGUCAUAACACCACAGCUGUAGUGAUGAAUUCCACACAAGUAUUCAGAAAGAACCAUUUAACAAAUGGGUAAAAGAUAUCAUUUAUAUACUUUUAUUGUACAAAUAUUAUACAAUUUUGUGUACAUUUUAAAUAUUAUACAAUGUUGUGUACAUUUUAAAUAUUAUACAAUGUUGUGUACAUUUUAAAUUAUAAAUUUCAUUGAAUAUCGACUAAUGAAUAUGCAUUGUAUUAGGCUAUAAUGGCUGUAUUAUUCUAUAUUGAUUGCUAUAUCUAAAUAUUCUACUCACAUUUGAGUGAAUGAUGCUUCUGAUAUAAAAUAUCCUGUAUACCAUUCCAAUACCAUACUAUGAUUUAAUUCUUGUAAAUUUGUUUACCCAUUCAUACAAGGGAGUACCUAUUUCACACCAAGUCAUCAAACCAUCAGGUAUAACAAUGAAAUGCAUUAGACAGAUCGCCAAGAACAACAACAAGUGUACAUGUAAUCCACGAUUGCGAAGCUCAUCGGCAGUAGCAAUUACACUAUGCACACACCAUACACUAAUUUUUUAUGUAUGUAUAAGUACACUCAUUUUUUAUGUAUGUAUAAGUAUGUCAUUUUGAAAUUCUACGUCACAUAAUAUCACUCCUAGACCCCUAAUAGAUGUAUAAACCGAAUCAGAAGGGUGUGGACGUACAAGCUUUCCAAAAUCUUGGUGCCAAAAAAGUUCAGUCCACAAAAUAGUAAAAUGCGAAGAAAUCACAUUUUUUUCUGCAUGAUUUUGCCAUAACAUCACUCCUAGAUCUCUAAUGAAUGUAUUAACCAAAUUAGAACGUAGUGAGGUGUAUACAUUUGGACCUACAAGCUUUCCAAAAACUAACCCCAAAAACUUUAAAGUGGGAUGGAACGCCGACGCCGAUUCCAGGGGUACAGAAUUAGCUCACGGUUCCUACUAACCGGUGAGCUUAAAAUAGUUUAAAAGUAUCUCUAAAAAUCCUAAUUCUAAAUAUCAAUGACUCAUCGUCUUAUCACUAAUUAUGAAGGUUUACCCUCUUUAAGUUUUAACAUUGUGUGUUUAAGGUGAUGAAAACCCCUACUCAGCACUUAUUAACUGUUAAUGUUACAUAACACUAAUUAACUGUUAAUGAUCUAUAACACUUAUUAACUGUUAAUGAUCUAUAACACUUAUUAACUGUUAAUGAUCUAUAAUACCAAUAGUUACUAACAGACAACACUCCAUCACACAUUAAGUCACUCCAUCACACAUCAUGUCACUCCAUCACACGUUCAUGUCACCCCUCACACCGACAGUCACUACUUCACAAGUUGGUCAUCAUAUGGAGAUGUACCAGAGGGAACAAAUUGCAUGCCCUGAAUUAUCAGUGCCUUUAUGUAAAUUUCAUUGUGUUUGAAAGGUGUCGUGCAAGUGUAUGAUAUAUAGCACUGUCAUGUGUUGAGUUUCAAGACACAUCUAUUUACAUAAUUCAAACCAAACCAAAGACAAAUUGUGUUAAAUAUUUUGAUUUUGUACAAUAAUGUUUAAUUCGUGUUGUUGGUUUCAUUUUUUAAGCCAUACUCACACUUAGUAGUAUAAAGUUUGUUGUAAAUAGACUUACAAAUCUUGUAUGAUAUUAUUAACAUGUAUGUAUUUAGACAUUGGUAUGUUUUUUUUCGUGUUGUUGUAGUUAUUGGUUAAAGCUUUAAAAACAACAGUCAUUCACCCGAAUUCUAAUAUAUUCUGGAGACCAUAUAACUAAUAGAUUUUAUUGACUUUUGGACAUGGAUAGAUUCGAAAAAAAAUCUUUGACAUUGGUACCUAUGUUUUGGGGAAUAGAAAAUGUAAAUUGUUCAUGGACACAAGACAACAACAGGCAAAAGGCGAUAAGUUUAGGUCACGUCUCACGUGGCCUAAAAAGGAUAUGAUAUUGAAUGCUUUGUUUAACACACUACUUGUUGGUGUGCUUAAUUCAAACAGAAGAUUGGCAUGAACAGGGUAAUAUCUAUCAAUCAAAAUCCAGAUUAGUGCCAAAGGUGACCUGUCAGACAUACAAUCAUAUUUUAAGGAUGCCUUUAUUGUAUACCUUUCAGUUAAUUGUACGACUGAUUAACAGACCGUAAAUUAGCACCUUUUAUCUAGGUUCUUUUUGUAAAAGAUUUCUACAUUACCAGAGGUCUUCAUGGAUGGGUGAUCUUUUUAAUGUUAUGCAAAUUAUUAAGUUAUGUGGUGUGAUUUGUGAACAAAACAAACAUGGAGAACAGUUCUGGAGUAGAAUAGAUUGGAAUAACUGUAAAUAAUAGUUUCUGUCACGAUCAGUAGAUGUUGUUUCAUUUCAUUGUUUACUAUUACAUCACAGCAUGUUUAUUUAUAUUAAACUGACAAUAAUCACAAA